GAAAAAAAGAAAAGGAGAAGAUUGCAAAGUAGGAAAGAAUCUUGACCCGUACCAAACAGCAAAAAGAAGAACAACUAAAAGCUUGACUUCAUCCCCAGAAUCACUCUCUCCAUCACAACUCAACUCAACCCAUAAUUUAUUUAUUUUUUUAGUUAUUACAACAAAUAAAUUAGUUUCUUUCUUCCUUGGACUCUUCUAAAUUCCUUCAAACAAAUCUCUUAGACAGUCUUCAAUUCAAUUCAACCAAUCAAAUACCGUUUUUCUUUCUCUCUCUAAAUGCCUGCGUCCUUCUCCAUUGCCUCCUUCCCCGUCCUCGAUUGUCGGUGGUAGUUGGAAAAGGGAAGAGAGUAUGGCAAUGGAGGAGGAAGAGCCGAGCCAGCUGAAGAGAGCGUUGAUUGAUUCCUCUGCUGGAGCUAUUUCUGGUGCUAUAUCAAGAACAGUUACCUCUCCCCUUGAUGUUAUUAAGAUUAGGUUCCAGGUUCAACUCGAGCCCACAUCUUCAUGGGCUUUACUACGCAAGGAAAUUUCUGCACCAUCAAAAUAUACUGGCAUGCUUCAAGCAAGCAAAGAUAUCUUUAGAGAAGAAGGCAUACGGGGUUUUUGGCGGGGCAAUGUACCAGCUUUGCUCAUGGUUAUGCCAUAUACAUCCAUACAGUUCACAGUUUUGCACAAGUUAAAAUCUUUUGCCUCUGGUUCUUCCAAAUCAGAGAAUCACAUUAAUUUGAGCCCUUAUCUAUCCUAUGUGAGUGGGGCAUUAGCUGGGUGUACAGCUACUGUAGGAUCAUAUCCUUUUGAUCUCCUUCGAACCAUAUUAGCUUCUCAAGGUGAACCGAAGGUUUAUCCAAACAUGAGGUCAGCAUUCGUUGACAUUGUUAAGACUCGUGGUUUCUCUGGCUUGUAUGCCGGACUGUCACCAACGCUAGUUGAGAUUAUACCUUAUGCAGGCCUACAAUUUGGUACUUACGAUACGUUUAAACGUUGGGCUAUGGCAUGGAACCACACUCAAUACUCAAAUGCUAUUGGAGAAGAUAGCCUAUCUAGCUUUCAACUUUUCCUGUGUGGGUUGGCUGCUGGUACAUGCGCUAAGCUUGUUUGUCAUCCACUUGAUGUAGUCAAGAAAAGAUUUCAGAUUGAAGGUCUGCAAAGGCAUCCAAGAUAUGGAGCUCGUGUGGAACACCGUGCGUACAGAAACAUGUUUGACGCCAUGAAACGGAUAUCACAGGCAGAAGGUUGGGCUGGUCUGUAUAAGGGGAUCAUCCCAUCAACUGUUAAAGCUGCACCAGCUGGUGCUGUAACAUUUGUAGCAUAUGAAUUGACAUCAGAUUGGCUCGAGUCAAUUUUGACUUGAUUUUUUAACACUUAAAUUGAGGGGAGAAAUUUUUUGUGAUUUUGUUUUCUGGGAUCUCAUUCUUUUGUACUCAAAUAAUUCCCCUUUUAAUAUACAAGAAGCAGGUAUAUGCUAAUAUAUUUUAACUA